UUGCAUCAAGCAGUUGCUUCGCCAGAUGAAGAAUUGUCGUGACUCAUGCUGAGACAGAGCACUCAGCAAUACUAUAUAAGGACAGCCUAUGAGGACAUUUUCCCUCAUUGCAGCGCCUAACCCGCAUCUAACCUGCUACAAUGACAUCCGAAGUCAGUCAGAGAGCGAAGAUACAAUCCGCAUCACCUAUAGGUCCUCUGGGCAUCGAGGCUGCUCUUGAGGCAAAAUACAACCCUUCCGUCCAACCCCGUCCGAAAAUAUUCGAUGAGUUUGCGUUGACUGACCGCGUCGCACUCGUGUCUGGCGGAAAUAGGGGCAUCGGACUCGAAAUAGCAGUUGCCCUAUGUGAGGCCGGUGCAAGGGUUGUGUAUUGCUUCGAUCUACCCGAGGAACCUUCAGAAGUGUUCCUGGCUUCCCAGGAUUUCGUCCGCAAGCUUGGGAAUAAUCCGAGGCUGGAGUACUUCACUGCAGACGUACGCGAUCAACAGCUACUAUGGAAGAAAGCGGAGGAGAUUGGUGAUAAGGAACAGCGACUGGAUAUUUGUGUCGCGGCCGCCGGCAUUCUUGGAAAGCGUGCCACAGACUGCUUGGAAUAUCCCGCAGAGGCGUUCAAAGAAGUCAUGGACGUGAAUGCAAGCGGCGUUUUCUUCACUGCCCAGGCUGCCGGGCGGCAAAUGGCACGCUUCGGUCGCGGAGGUAGUAUCAUAAUGGUCGCCUCUAUAGGGGGUAGUGUCGGUUCCCAGGGCGCUAAAGUAGUAUCAUACAACUCGUCCAAAUCAGCUGUUCUGCAGAUGGCUCGCAGUAUGGCGUGUGAACUCGGAUGCAAGAAGAUUCGCGUGAAUAUGUUGUCACCUGGUUAUGUACAUACUCGAAUGAUUGGAACGUUUCUCGAUGCACAGCCUGAAGUGCUCGACGAAUGGUCGCGUUUGAAUCCGCUUGGACGAAUUGCAAGACCUGGCGAGCUUCGGGGCGUUGUGACGUGGCUUACCUCUGAUGCGUCAACCUUCUGCACUGGAAGCAAUAUUGUCGUGGAUGGUGGACACUGCGCGUGGUAGGUGUGUAUUAUCGGUGGCGUCGCAGAAAUCGAGAAAGUUGCACAAUGUUGCCUGGCAAAUGUGAAUGACAUGGGCCAGUCACUGGUUUUGGGGCUUUCCGAGAAAAAAAAGGAAUGGAUUAUACCUGUCUGAGAGUAAACCAACGACAUAGUGGGGAGACGCACCCACAAAGACGCAAAAAUGCAACAAUUUGACUGGUUUACACCCUCACUUCGCAAAACAUACAAUAACCGCCACAAGUAUCCACGAUAAGAAGACUGCACUUCGCCGCUUCGUAUCUGAUCCAAACUAC